AUGAGCUGGAGCUUCCUGACGCGUCUCCUGGAUGAGAUCUCCAACCACAGCACGUUCGUGGGGAAGAUCUGGCUGACUGUGCUCAUCAUCUUCCGCAUCGUGCUGACGGCCGUGGGGGGUGAGACUAUCUACUACGAUGAACAGGCUAAGUUUGUCUGCAACACGCAGCAGCCUGGGUGUGAGAACGUCUGCUACGACGCGUUCGCUCCGCUCUCUCACGUCCGCUUCUGGAUCUUCCAGGUGAGACUUAAUGGAAAAUCAACAACAAAAAAUUCCGCAAACAUACAGUACCAGUCAAAAGUUUGGACACCCCUACUCAUUCAAGGGUUUUUCUUUUUUUUAAAACUAUUUCUACAUUGUAGCAUAAUAGUUAAGACAUCAAAACUAUGAAAUAACACACAUGGAAUCAUGUAGUAACCAAAAAAGUGUUAAACAAAUCAAAAUAUAUUUGAGAUUCUUCAAAGUAGCCACCCUUUGCCUUGAUGACAGCUUUGCACACUCUUGGUAUUCUAGCUAGCUUCAUGAGGUAGUUACCUGGAAUGCUUUUCCAACAGUCUUGAAGGAGUUCCCACAUGCUGAGCACUUGUUGGCUGCUUUUCCUUCACUCUGCGGUCCAACUCAUCCCAAACCAUCUCAAUUGGGUUGAGGUCGGGUGAUUGUGGAGGCCAGGUCAUCUGAUGCAGCACUCCAUCGCUCUCCUUCUUGGCUGGUAACUCUAAUGAACUUAUCCUCUGCAGCCAAGGUAACUCUAGGUCUUCCUUUCCUGUGGCGGUCUUCAUGAGAGCCAGUUUCAUCAUAGCGCUUGAUGGUUUUUGCGACUGCACUUGAAGAAACUUUCAAAGUUCUUGACAUUUUCCAGAUUGACUGACCUUCAUGUCUUAAAGUGAUGAUGGACUGUCGUUUCUCUUUGCUUAUUUGAGCUGUUCUUGCCUUAAUAUGUACUUGGUAUUUUACCAAAUAGGGCUAUCUUCUGUAUACCCCCCCCCCUACCUUGUCACAACACAACUGAUUGGCUCAAACACAUUAAGAAGGAAAGAAAUUCCACAAAUUAACUUUUAACAAGGCACAACUGUUAAUAGAAAUGGAUUCCAAAUGACUACCUCAUUAAGCUGGUUGAGAGAAUGCCAAGAGUGUGCAAAGCUGUCAAGGCAAAGGGUGGCUACUUUGAAGAAUCUCAAAUAUAAAAUAAAUGUUGAUUUGUUUAACACAUUUUUGAUGAUUCCAUAUGUGUUAUUUCAAAGUUUUGAUGUCUUCACUAUUAUUCUACAAUGUAGAAAAUAGUAAAAAUAAAGAAAAACCCUUGAAUGAGUAGGUGUGUCCAAACUUUUGACUGGUACUGUAUGUAAAAGUUCUCAAGUUAGCAUGAAGCAACUAUAAGGUGUGUAGCCAUAACAGAUGUGAUAAAUGGAAUGCAUAAACUUUUGACACAAACAAACCAUUAACUGCAUAUGCACUCGUGAAUUCCCUGUCUAACAUCCACUCCUCCCAUCUCCUCCUCCUCCAGGUGAUCCUGAUCACCACCCCUACCAUCAUGUACUUGGGCUUUGCCAUGCACAAGAUCGCCCGCAUGGAGGAUGUUGAGUAUCGGCCUCUUCAUCGCGCUGGGAAGAAGAGAAUGCCCAUCGUGAGCCGGGGGGCACAGCGGGACCACGAGGAGGCGGAGGACAACGGAGAGGAGGACCCCAUGAUCACUGAGGAGAUCGAGGUGGAGAAGGACAAAGAGAAAUCGACAGAAGGUAGGGUGAGGAAGGAGAGAUUCUCCACACACAAACUGACUCAUUUCAUACCUCUUUUCAUUCACACUGGUUAUAAAGUUGUCACCAAGGAAAUUACUUUAUUUAAAACGUUGUGUGGAUCAUACUCGUCCCUAGUCUUUUCCUUGCCCUGUGACAUGCUGUCAGUCAGUUGAUUUGUGUCACUGCCUCCUCUUCAGGCUCGGUGAAGAAGCACGACGGUCGGCGGCGGAUCGCGCGCGACGGCCUGAUGAAGGUGUACGUGUGUUCGCUGAUCUCGCGCAUCGCCUUCGAGGUGGCCUUCCUGUUAGGCCAGUACGUCCUCUACGGCUUCGAGGUGGCGCCCUCCUACGUGUGCACGCGCUCUCCCUGCCCGCACACGGUGGACUGCUUCGUCUCGCGGCCCACCGAGAAGACCAUCUUCCUCCUGGUCAUGUACGUAGUCUCUCUCCUCUGCACCACCCUCACCCUCCUGGAGAUUUUCCAUCUGGGUUUCGGCGGGGUCCGCGACACCCUCCGCGGGCGCGCCAGACGCCACCCCGCCCCACCUCUCCCCCCCGUGGCCCGGGGGUCCCUCUGCAGUUCCCGCCAUGUGCCCACGGCCCCGCCAGGGUACCACGCUGCCCUGGGGAAGAAGGACCCGUCAGGCAAGCUGAAGGCAGAGUUCAGAGAGCCGCUGGCGGGGGACUCUGGGAGGGAGAGCCUGGGGGAUGAGGCGUCCAGCAGAGACCUGGAGAGACUGAGGAAGCACCUGAAGAUGGCCCAGCAGCACCUGGACCUGGCCUACCAUAACGAGGAGGGCCAGGGGUCCCUGUCACGGAGCAGCAGCCCAGAGAACAACACCACGGCCGCUGAGCAGAACAGACUCAACUUCGCUCAGGAGAAACAGGCGGCGGCCAGCGAGAAAGGUAAGGAGGAAGGGGGUGAAAUAGUAUGUCUGCUGAACGGGUCAAACCAAUAUGACUGAAGGUUUCGAGCUUCAUCAGUCCUAGGAAAAAGAGGGACUGAAGAAAAGUAUUUUUCAGACAUUGUGUUUAUUUGAACCUGUUACAGAUUCCUUAAGCCAUUUUGAAUGACUGCCUUACUGUACAGAAUGACAUUAACCUAGAUAGGCCUAUAGUACUGUUUGUCUCCAUAAAGUAGGAGAGAACCUAGAGAUCCCUCUAUUUCCUGUCUAACGUGUUGUUGUUCCCUCAGGAGUACAUGCCUGAAUCCUGCUUAAUGCCUGCCUGCUUUCUCUUCCCAACUGGCCCUCCACGGAUGGGGAAGCACAUGGGAACACAGCCAGACAACUGAGAGCGACUGAAGAGUGUGAUUGUGUGAGGGAUGGAGUGCCUUGCAAUAUUACGGGCCAGUGAAAUCUUAAAUGUAAAGCUGCACAAGCUUCCGUAAAGCUACAGGACAAAUCUCCUUUAGCGUCUGACUCGCUCGACUUUAGAGCCUCCAAAUACUUUGGUCUCAAGUUUCAGCUUGCCGAAACCCCACACCCUACCUUGGCAGUGCCUGUCGUUGAAGCACAGCCUUCUAGAUGUAGUCGACACCCCGUUUCUUUUGCCCAAAGGUGUUUUUGUUUGUCCGUUUUAGUUUGUUUCGCAGUCACUCCGUUCAUGUCCAUUCCAAAGUGUUCUCCGGUCAGUUUCAGUGUUCUGUCAGGGGAAUCUGUCUCAUACAGUGUAAGCUUUAAUUUACCCCCCUUCGUCUCUAUUGACAAAGUUUACUAGUCGGUCCAAUUUAAGAGCGAGGCUCAACACGGUCUUAAAAGCAUUUACUGCACAUGUUGUUAAGCCAGGGCUUGUUGUCGCUGGAAACAGAGUGAACCGCAAUGAACACUUGCCUGAGGGAUGUAUUUCUGCACAGACAUUAAGAGGAUGUGUGUACAUGUAUGUGUGUUGCAUACAAGGUGGUGGGAGGUUUUCCAAAAGUGCAGUUCUUCAACGAAACCUUAACUUAAUCUUGGACAUAAACUGUACAGCUUUUGUCAGAGGUUUAUGUGACUAGUUAAUAAUUGUUUUGACAUUCCGUGAGACUCCUCAUUGUUAAAGCCUUGUAUAUUAGUAAUUCCAACAAAUUGGCCAAAUGUGAUAAAUACCUGGGAAAUGCUUGAAUCAUGUGAUGACUAGAAAUGUUCUUGCUGUUAAAACACUCAUAUAAUCUGUAGUCCUCUUGUACCUGUCAUGCCUCUCCUGUCCUGGUUCCUUUUGUUCAUGCUAGCUAGUUGGUGAGUUAUUUUUUUAUGUUUGUGCUGGAAUUCUAAGGAGGCAAAUGCCCCAUGAUUUGCCUAUCUGUUGUCAUAAUGUGAUGGUACUUUGAAAUGGUUGAGUUGAAAACUGGAAACGAUUGUGUCAUAUGCUGUGUUCAUUUCAUUUUUCCUUUAGUUUUUUAUUCGGUACAGAAAUAACACUCCAAUUAUAUUUUUUUUCAAUAUUUGGUGGAGCGUUGUUGCAAGUUUUGUAGUUUUUGUAACUGUAGAGUUUCAUAGAAAUACAUGAAUAAAUAUAUUUGAACAGA